AUGGCCAAGGCUAUAACUAUUAGCCGCGGCAGUCAACUGGUGUUUCGAUUGAGUACAACUCGGCAUUGGCCUGUUGUCUCGCUUGAUCUCCAGCUAGCAUUUCAGUUCUACGGAUUGGCGCCCGUUGUGUUGGAAGGUAGCAGACUGUACUCCCGGCUCGUUGGAUAUAAGAGCACGAAGCAACGUCGCAGCAUGGAGCGUACUUGGUCUAGCUGUGGUAUGUGCAUUGUAGUAAUGAUGCUCCUCGUGCACUACGUGGAUUUGUCGUCAAGCGUGAUGACACGAGAAUAUUGCUUGCGCCAUGAAAACCUGACUGUUGCUCCUUGUCUGUCCGGGGGCAUCCACAGAAACGUAAACAACAUCACGUACUUCCCCAAUUUUCUGGGCCAUCAGACUUCGCAGGAGGCCAUCGGGGGAUUCAACGAUUUCUACCCGUACCUCCAAGUCCAGUGCUCGCCGAACCUGCAGCAGUUUCUGUGUGCCGUGUACUUUACAUGGGGGUGCGAAGUGAUAGGCUACCCCAUUUUCCCAUGCAGGGAAUUCUGUGAGCGUGUCAGAGACGACUGUGAUUGGGCCUUCCGACGCGCUGGCACCGCCUGGCCUGACAGUUUGGACUGCAACGAUUUCUGGAUCGACAGCCGUGACCAUUUCUGCAUCCGUGAUCCAGGUGAACCAGAUGAACCUGAUUCGGAAGAGGAUAAAGGAAAUGGAGAAGACAACCUUCCCUCGACCAUCGUCCCACCACCGACCCCUCGUCCCGACCCAUCGGAACACUGCCAGCCUCUCCCAGACGACCCGAUCUGUCAGUCUAUGCCGUACACUACCGUCAUCUACCCCAACAUACUCGGGCAAGGCAACCACAGUGAUGCGCUGGUCGAGCUGCACAGGUACAGCGCGUUCAUGUCGGACGGGGGUCCUUGCUCGGAUCUGCUCAGAACCUACCUGUGUCUUGCCUAUCUGCCACCCUGCAAGAUUGUGGAGGAGGUUGCUGCUCCUAUUCCUCCCUGCAAGGCGCUCUGUGAACUGGUUCUGACCGACUCCUGCAUAGGCGCUCUGGCUGCCUUCAAGAUGGAACUACCGUCCACCUUAAGCGACUGUUCCAUGUACCCGAAGCAGAGUGAUUCCUACCCCACAUGUUUCAUUCCAGGGGCAGGAUAUGACCCUUUGAAGUACUGGUCCCCACCACCAGUGAUCACAACCGAUUUAACAUACCAGUGCAAGACGACUGGCUGCGAGAAUGUGCUGCACGGCAAGUGUCACUCUUUCGGGUUCUGGAUGGUCACCUUCCCCAACCUCCUCGGGCACACCAACAUGCAGGAAGCCCUGGACGAUCUGGACCGCCUGGUGCCGUUCAUUGACUCGGGCUGCUCGGACAAGCUGCAGGUCUUCGCCUGCUACGCCUUCUUCGUCACCCCGAGCACGACCGAUCACGCCAGCGGUCGGUUGCCGUGCCAGAGCGCCUGUCAAGAGAUUUGGAAAAGCUGCCGCGGGACUGCAGGGGAGCUGUUUGAGAAACGACCCCGGCUGAUGACGUGCAGGCUGUACCCUACAGAGAACUGCGAAGGUAUAGGCUACAUUCUGAGCGAGUGUGAGCCGGCCCAUUCGGCCAUGAUUCUAAAGCCAGCCUCAGGUUAACCUUGCGACGACACAGAUCAGUCGGCGACUAACUUUUCAGGAUCAAGCUGCGUCUGAGCUACGACCAUCGAGAACAAUGCAGUCACCGAUUUUGUGCGACCUGAGUGUAACUGCGACGAUAUUAAAACGAUCGGCAUCAGUUGGCGC